ACAUGCGCCACAGGGUCCUUCGACUGAACGGCUGAGGCGCGUAAGCGGCACCGUAGCGCACUUGCAGCUAAUGUUAUGUUUAUAGCCGAAUAGUUCAUCAUUUUAGGUUUUAUUGUAUCGAUAAUAACGUUUACAGAUGGAGGAGCUGGACGUUGAGCCGGUAGUUACUAAAAUUCCUGCUGUCAGUGAUGGGAAGCACAUGGGAUUUGCAUGGGGUCCUGGUGACAUCCUCGUCUAUGAGACGCUACACAAAGCAUCAGGUGCUUCAGGAUCAGGUUCCUCCUUCAUCCAUGAGGUCAGGAAAGACGAGGACAUAUAUUCGCCCAUUUUACGCAAACUCUUCAAUGAGUCACAUCACAUCUUUGUCGGCCUUCAGACGAUUAGAGAGGACCUUCCCAGCAAGAGCAGAAAACCCCAAUUUGUCAGCAUUAGUAAAAACUAUAGGUCUGUGAUUCGAGCCUGUAUGGAGGAACUUCAGCAGGUUGCAGUCUCCACAAAAGACGGAGAAGCCGCCACGCAGUAUGGAAAUCAGGUCUCCAUUCUCUUGGCCAUAGAACUGAUCUGGAAUCUGUGUGAAGUGCUUUUCAUCGAUGCUGCCCCUGCCGGCUCCCUGCUGCUCCACCUGCUGGACUGGGUGAGGUUACAUAAGGCUGAUGUGGAUGAAAAGGCCAGAGAGGUUCUGCAAAGCGACAGCCCUGCUGAGCACAGAGACUACUGGGACGUGGUGGUGAGUUAUGUGCUGCAGGGCAGGUUGGAUGAAGCCAGACAGAUGCUGAUGAAACAGGCCACCCUUCAGCCUGCUGCCAGGAACAUGUACAAACUGAUGGACACGCUGCUCAGCAAGAUGCCCUUCUUCAAUCCUAGUGGCACUCAGACGCUGACAGAGUUUGAUGUGAAGUGGAGGCACUGGCAUGAGGAGGUGGAUCGCUGCCUGCAGGACAACUCCUUUGCCAGCAACAAACACCUGGAGAUCAUCUGCAAGCUCCUACUGGGGGAUGAAGACAUUUUACUGGACCACAAGGAGCUACUGGGAACCUGGUACCACUUUCUUGUCACCAGGCUGCUCUUCUGCCACCCAACAGUGAAACCUGCAGAGCUGCAUUACUACGCACAGUCUUGUAUGACCAUGUUUCUGGACUCGAGGAGCGUCCCAGAGCCGCUGGACAGCAUCUUACUGGCUGCUUUUGAGUUCGACAUCCACCAGGUCAUCAAGGACUGCAGCAUUGCUCUCAACAACUGGUGGUUUGUGGCCCAUUUGACAGAUCUGCUGGAUCACUGUAAACUCCUCCAGUCUCACAACCUGCACUUCGGCUCCAACUUGAGAGAGUUUCUGCUGUUAGAAUAUGCGUCUGGUCUCUUCACUCAUCACAGUCUCUGGCAGUUGGCUGUGGAUUACUUUGACCACUGCCCAGAGUUUGGUCGAGUCUACCUGGAGCUGCAGAUCGAACGAGUCCCUUUAGACACGGAGCGCAAAGCCCUCAAGGUGCUCAGGAUCUGUGAGCAGAGGCAAAUGUCUGAGCAAGUGCGCAGUAUCUGUAAAAUCAUGGCUAUGCGAGCUCUGAGGAACAACAGACUGGGUUCGGCUCUCUCCUGGAGCAUCAGAGCCAAAGAUGCUGCGUUUGCCACCCUCAUUUCAGAGAGGUUCCUUCAGGACUACUGCACCAGAGGAACCUUCUCUGAUCUGGAUCUGAUCGACAACCUGGGUCCAGCCAUGCUGCUCAGCGACCGGCUCACUUUCCUCGGAAAAUACCGCGAGUUCCACAAACUGUACGAAGAGAAACGAUUCACUGAAGCAGCAAAGCUUCUCCUCUCCCUCAUGACGGCAAAGAUCGCUCCCCGGAGCUUCUGGAUGACUCUGCUGACGGAUGCCCUGCCGCUGCUGGAGCAGAAGGAGGUGAUCUUCUCAGCGGAUCAAACCUAUGAGCUCAUGUACUGUUUAGGGGAGCUCACCUCCUCUCUGAACUCUGAAGCUACCGGCACCGACAGGCCCAUGCAGGAGGAAGACAUCGAGCUGACCAAAGUGGAGCUGCUGAGACUUGCUCUGGCCAGAAACCUGGCCAUGGCCAUUGUCAAAGAGGGAACCGUGGAAACAUGAAGGCUGAAAACAAAACCCUUCUUUUGCAUUUUUGUACUGUAUAUAAGAAUCAAGUAAUCAAAACGUGCUCUUUGAUAAUAAAAUGCUUUUCACGAUG